ACGCCCCCUGCGCUCCGGCCGCCACGCUGCCUGUAGCUGUGGGUGCAUGUGGGACGUUCAGGGAAGCAGAGCUGUCUCCUUUCUGACGAAACCUCCUCACAACAUUGCACUUUCGUUGGAGUUCCACCGUGAGCGACCAUGUCUAAACUCGUCUGUGUCAACAAUCCACUGAUCAAAUAUUUGAAAACGUUACAAAACCAAUCGGCACGAGCGUUUGGUACUGGAGCCGCGUCCAUUGAUUCGGUGAGUUUAAAGGGUCGCAGCUGUCUCACGUUGAAAGACUACAGCUCCGAUGAAAUCAAGAGGUUGCUGUGGGUGUCAGCGGAUCUGAAACAGCGGAUAAAGGUUCAAAACGAGCGGCUUCCUCUUCUGCAAGGAAAGUCACUGGCCAUGAUAUUUGAAAAGAGGAGCACCAGAACCAGAAUGUCCACAGAAACAGGUUUUGCUAUGCUUGGGGGUCACCCCUGUUUUCUGACCUCUCAGGACAUCCACCUGGGAGUUAAUGAGAGUAGCGUAGACACGGCAAGGGUUCUUUCAGGAUUCUGUGAUAUUGUCUUGGCCCGGGUAUACAGCCACUCCACGCUGGAGGAGCUAGACAAGGAAGCCUCCGUCCCUAUUAUCAAUGGCCUAUCUGACCUCUACCACCCAAUCCAGAUUCUGGCUGACUUCCUCACCCUACAGGAGCAUUACGGGUCCCUCGAUGGACUGACAGUGAGUUGGAUUGGAGAUGGCAACAACGUCCUCCACUCCUUUAUGAUGUCUGCAGCAAAACUGGGAGUUCAUCUUAAGAUCGCUACACCGAAGGGGUAUGAGCCAGAGCAGAGUGUGAUUAAAGAGGCACAGAGACUGUCCAUACAGCACGGGACCCAGCUGGUACUGACCUCGGACCCGAUGGAGGCAGCUCAUGACAGCAACGUUUUGGUGACGGACACCUGGGUCAGCAUGGGACAGGAGGAGGAGAAGAAAAAGAGGCUCAAGGAUUUUCAUGGCUACCAGAUUACAAUGCAGACAGGAAGUGUCGCCAAACCGGACUGGACCUUCCUGCACUGUCUCCCCCGUAAGAUGGAGGAGGUGGAUGACAAUGUGUUCUACUCCUCGCGCUCUCUUGUCUUCCCAGAGGCAGAGAACAGGAAGUGGACGAUCAUGGGUUUGAUGGUUUCCCUUCUGACAGACUACGAUCCAAAGAUCCCAAUGCUGAAGUUUUAGCUCGUUGGUACAACUUUAGUUGUGUUGUCAUGAUGUAUGAGAGAAGCAACUGCAGCAGAAAAUUACAGACUUAUAGUUCAUGAUAUUACAUGAUUCACAACACUAGAGGACUUACCCUAAAACUGUUGUUUACGUAGUUCCGAUUAUAUUGUUUUAUUACAAAAAACUGCAUUAUUUUCUAUGUUUUAUUGUUUCCUGUUAAGACUGUUACGCUGGCAUUUUUGUAACAUGUGUCAAUGAUAUAAAAGAGCAUUCAUACCAUUACCUCUGCAGUAUAUUAUGAAACAAUCUGUGCGAUUUGAUUUUUUUUGAACUUGGGGAUUUUUUUGCUGUAAAGUGAAAAUAAAAAAGACGAUUCUGUCACAUAAAA